AUGAUUCAGCCCAGGAUGACCCAGUCCAAGAUCAGCCUGCCUCACCACAUCGACAUUGAUCACUACGAUGAACUCCCACCGGAGGCAAGCCCUGACAAUAUUGUUCCGCUGCCAAUGCCCAGUGAUGCUGAUCUGGAUCGACUAUUCCUGGAUGAUUCCGCGCAAAGAGAGAGACUCGCCGGCUUACCAAUAUGUCAAGGGGGAGGGUUCCUAGAAGCCGUUGUCAGGGGCAUCCAGGGGCGAUACAAAGUUGCGAGACUGGCCGAGGCUGUCCCUAUUCAAGGCCCUCCGCCCAAUGCUGAAAGGGUCUUUUCGGAUAAGGAGCUUGCAUGCUACCCGGAAGACGGUACCUACAUAAUCAUUCGGGGUGGUGUGUAUGACAUGACACUAUGUAUCGAGGACUAUGACUAUCUCCGCAUAGGCCGUGUGGUCCAGGAGAUCGCCGUGGACCAGCUGGCCCGGCACGAGGUCGCGGUGAACAGAAUGGUAUAUGACCUGCGACCCCUUGGAGAUUGGGAGGGCAUGGUGCGAAACCGCAUACUCUUAGGAGACGUCCUCGACGGUGCUGGCACGGACAUCUCCCACAGGUUGCGCGUCCCCCAACCGUGUCCAGGGAUGCUGCGGCUGCUCCAGCGGCGGGACUUGAUAGUAGCAAAGCUGGAGAGCCUGGUCGACGUGUACCCGGACGAGCUAGCAGCGGCCGAUGGAUCGGAGAUCCCGGCCCCUUCAAGGACCGAUGAUCUUGGGGCACCAUCACAUGGCCCUGAUCCAGACCGUCGGCCUGUGUGGAUUAGCCGUGCGGGCGAAGUCUACGAUAUGACAUAUGAGAGAGGUUGGAUCGACGAGUGGAAGGGCCAAGAGGCUCCGCCGAGCCCGUUCGCAAUACGGCUGGCGCAGUCCCACCGCUGCCGGAUUUUCGGCACGUUGAUGAGCGGCUAUCAUGCGCGACCGGCGGAUUUAAAGCGUCCCGCUCUCCGCGACGACAACGAGGACGCCGACGACGAUAGCACAUUUGACCCGGACCGAAAUGAUGGUCGGAUUAAACGAGGACGUAUAGACUGGACACAACAGGCUAAUAUCUGA